AACACAGGAAAGAAAGCUUCUCCAAUCAGAGUGGGACGGUCCCAACUAUCAGUUGCUUAGAAACACGCUAAACAAAACAGGACUGCGAUGACUGUGCAAGAACAAGUAGGCUAUAGAUGAUGUAACAGCCCUGUUUAAAUGGGUUGUAGUCACACAAGGCAAAAUAAAAUCAAACACAGACCGACCUUUUUUUAUGUAAUUCAUAGGGUAAUUUCGUUAAUUCGACAGUUAGUAACCACUACGUUACGAGUCAUAUCGCGAGAAUACCCGAGAACAUGGAAACACGACAACAAAAAUAAAUUUGUGGACAACAAGCCAGAGUGCAUGAUGGCGGCGUCGCUGCUGCGCCGGGACAAGAGAGCUACCGCUGCCCACUUGAAGGCAGACUUAAAUCGAACUGACAAUAGCUCAGGGCUCCGACAACUCCAGGAGCUGCUCGACGCUGUGCUAAAUCCCGAGAAACCAGCAGCAGACACAGAAGCUCUUGACUGGUGUAAAUGUCUGAUUGCAGGAGGCGAAGGUUUCGAGGAGUUCUGCAAAACGGUCCGCUCCUAUGACAACGCGACUCUGUGCGGCUUGGUUUGGACGGCUAAUUUCGUGGCAUAUCGAUGCCGGACCUGCGGCAUCUCUCCGUGCAUGUCACUGUGUGCUGAGUGUUUUAAUAACGGAGACCACACGGGCCAUGACUUCAACAUGUUCAGGAGCCAGGCUGGUGGGGCCUGUGACUGUGGAGACAGUAAUGUCAUGCGAGACAGUGGGUUUUGUAGAAGGCAUCGGUUGAAAACUGGAGAGAAUGUCCCAUCAAUACCUCGAGAUCUUCUUUUGAUGUCUGAGAUGGUUCUUCCUCGCUUUAUCCUGUGCAUCAUACAGUAUCUAAGAGAUGGAUACAUCGAACCAGACACCUCAAAUGAGAGGGAUCUACAGAAAGUGCUGCAACAGCUGGAACCUCAGAUCUCCUUCCUGGAGGAGCUCACAAAGAUGGGAGGAGCCAUGAGGACUGUCCUGACAAAGAUCUUGACCAAUCAGCAAACAUUCAAGGAGUUGAGCAUGGGCCAAGAAGAUAGUUUGUACGCUAAAAAGAACUACGACAAGUAUUUAUCAGCGUUAAAGAAUUCAGGUCUGGUUUCUGUGGAGGAGAAAGCCCAAGGUUCUCCCACUGAUGUCACUGUGGGGGCUGAAGGAGGUGCGGGGGCAAUGGUUCUGCUCGCAACAACCGGACCAGCAAGCCCAGAUGAGUCCAGUAAAGAGGAGGAUCAAGAUGGGGGGCAUUCUGUUGGUCAGAGGAAAAGGGUUAAGCUGAGCAGCAGUACCAAAGACCCGUGCAUUAUCGAAUCUCUAAAGCACAAAUGCUUUCUGGAAGAGUUGCUGUUCUGGACAAUAAAAUAUGAGUUUCCCCAGAAGAUGGUCACUUUCUUAUUAAACAUGUUGCCAGAUCAAGAUUACAAGAUCACAUUUACAAAAACCUUUGUUCAACACUACGCCUUCAUCAUGAAAACCCUGAUGAAAAGCCACGAGUCCGACACCAUGUCCAACCGCAUCGUGCACAUAAGCGUGCAGCUGUUCAGCAACGAGGAGCUGGCUCGACACAUGACUGAGGAGUGUCAGCUGCUGGACAUCAUGGUCACUGUGCUCCUCUACAUGAUGGAAAGUUGCCUUAUAAAAAGUGAGCUUCAAGAUGAAGAGAGCAGUCGUCAUGUUGUGGUGAAUUGCAGUGAAGCGCUGUUGAAGAACAACACCUACUGGCCUCUAGUUAGUGAUUUCAUUAACAUCCUGUCACACCAAAGUGUAGCAAAAAAGUUCCUGGAAGACCACUCCUUGUUAAUGCUGUGGAUGAGCUUUGUGUCAUUUUUCCAAGGUAUGAACCUGAAUAAGCGAGAGUUGAACGAACAUGUGGAAUUUGAGUCACAGACAUACUAUGCAGCCUUUGCAGCGGAGCUUGAGGCCUGUGCACAGCCAAUGUGGGGUCUCUUAACACACUGCAAAGUCAAAGAGACACAGGAAUACACUAAAACUGUGGUUCGCUACUGUUUGGAGACCCUGCAGAUCUGGUUUGAUGCCAUUGGCUUCAUUGACGAGCCCGCUCCAAAUCAAGUGACGUUUCACCUGCCUCUGCACCGCUACUACGCCAUGUUCCUCAGCCGGGCGGUAAAAUGCCAAAGCCUGGAUCUGGACAGCCUCCUGCCAGACCAGGAGAUGCUGAUGAAAAUCAUGGUGCAUCCUCUCCAGAUACAGGCUUGUCUGUCAGAGAUCCACAGUAACAUGUGGGUCAGGAACGGUCUGCAGAUCAAAGGACAGGCAAUGACUUAUGUGCAGUCACACUUUUGCAACUCCAUGAUCGACCCAGACAUCUACCUGCUCCAGGUUUGUGCAUCAAGACUAGAUCCUGACUACUUUAUAUCAAGUGUCUUUGAAAGGUUUAAAGUGGUCGACCUCUUGACAAUGGCAUCUCAGCAUCAGAAUGCCGUGUUAGACUCUGAGCAGGAGAGGCCAAUGUUGGAAGGAGCUCUGACUUUUUUAGUCAUACUGACAAGCCUCCGCAUUCAUCUGGGAAUGACGGAUGAUGAGAUCCUCCGAUCUGAGAUGGUGUCUCAGUUGUGCAUGAAUGAUCGGACGCACAGUGCACUGUUAGACCUUAUUCCUGAAAAUCCCAACCCAAAAAGUGGAAUUGUACCGGGAAGCUGUAGUUUCGAGGAUAUGCUCUCUGCCGUGGCUGAUUUCAAAGCGCCUGUGUUCGAGCCUGGAGGCUCCAUGCAGCAGGGGAUGUACACACCUAAAGCUGAAGUUUGGGAGAAAGAGUUUGACCCCAUUAUGGUCGUUCUCAGAACAGUCUAUCGUCGGGAUGUCCAGUCAGCGAUGGACAGAUACUCAGCAUUUUUGAAACAGUAUGGCAUUCAUACUGGCAACCCAUGGCCUCCUUACAAGGAGAGGACUCAUUUGCAUCCAUGUUAUAAAGGUCUCAUCAGGCUACUACACUGCAAAACUCUGCACAUUGUGAUAUUCACUCUUCUUUACAAGAUAUGGAUGGAUCACCAAAACAUGUCUGAGCAUGUGUUGUGCAUGGUGCUGUACCUGAUUGAGCUGGGUUUGGAUAACCAGGUUCAAGACAACAAGGAGGAAGAGGAGCCUUGCAUUGAGGAGCACUGUCAUGACAGCUGGUUCCCAGGCACCAAUCUGCUCUCCAAUCUGCACCACGUCAUCAAUUUUGUUCGGGUUCGUGUUCCUGAGACAGCACCAGAAGUGAAGAGGGAGGCCCCUCCCAGCACCAGCACUGAAGCAUCGUCUUAUGGGCAGAACUCAAGGCGUCUUACAGGAAAUUGGAGAGAGAACCUGCGAGAAGCUCAGGUGUUCAGUCUUGUGGCAGAGCGCAGGAGGAAGUUCCAGGAGAUAAUCAACCGCAGCAACACUGAAGCCCAGGUUGUCAGGCCUAAGAGUUCCUCGACACGCUGGGUUCCGCCCGGCACACCUCCCCAGCUGGUGACUGAGAUUCUGGAGAUCAGAGAGAGCAUGCUUUCCCUCCUUAUCAAGCUCCACCAAAAGAUGUCCUCCAAACAGAAUUCUCUGUCAGCAUCCUGGCUGGAAGACAUGGACACGAGCCGUCUCGCCCAUGGGGACGGCAUCACAGCUAUUGAGCGAAUCCUUACCAAGGCAGCCGCACGCAGUUGCCAAAUCAAGCGAAGCAUCCAAGACAUUUGUGGAAAGGUGUGCCCUCCUGUGCCACCGAAAAAGAACAGCCCCACUGACAAGAAAGCAAUGGAUAAAGAAGAAAGGCGCCAGAGGGCUCGAGAGAGGCAGCAGAAACUACUUGCAGAGUUUGCAUCAAGGCAGAAGAGCUUCAUGGAAACGGCCAUGGAUGUUGAAUCUCCUGAAACUGAGGCUGCCAUGGAUUUAGGAUCAUCUGAGGUGGUGGAAUCUGAGGUUCUCUAUGAUUGCGUGAUCUGUGGCCAGAGUGGCCCUUCCACUGAGGAUCGACCAACUGGCCUAGUGGUUCUCCUGCAGGCAUCCUCAGUGCUUGGGCAUCGCUGCAAUAGCAGAGAGCCAAAGAAUCUACCAACGAGUGACGAAGAACACAUUUAUCCUGCAGACACGUGCGGGGUGGCUCAUGAUAUCCGGCUCACGCUCAUGCAGCAGUUCUUCAAAGAUAGCUCUUGUUUGCAGUCUGUGUCAAUAGGCUGGGAUGGCGGCGUCUACGUCCAGACCUGUGGACACACUUUGCAUAUAGAUUGCCAUAAGUCGUACAUGGAGUCUCUAAGAAAUGACCAGGUCCUCCAGGGUUUUUCUGUUGAUAAGGGUGAAUUUACCUGUCCACUGUGCCGGCAGUUUGCCAACAGUGUGCUUCCCUGCCGCCCCGGUCGUGGCAUGGAUGCCGGAGCGUGGCACACGCCCACAAACAAGAAGACAUGCGUUCUUGUAAAAGAGGUGGAGGAUCUGCAGGAAAAACUUGGCCUUUUCCCAACGGAGUCUAACUUGAGUAAAGAGAUGGAGUUGGUAAUCAAAGACAUCAAGAACACUACGCAGAAAAAGUACAUGGACUAUGGCAAGAACCCUGGAUCCCCUGACAAUGAUUUCCUCUUCAUGUAUUCAGUGGCAAGGACCAACUUGGAGUUGGAGCUUGUGCAUCGGGGAGGCAACUUGUGUUCCGGAGGAGCAAGUGCUGCUGCCAAACGUUCAUGUCUGAAUCAGCUAUUCCAUGUGCUGGCCAUGCACAUGCGUCUUUACAGCAUUGAUUCAGCCUACAACCCGUGGACGAAGUUGACUCAAGUGGCACAAAACAAAGAGGCAGAGGGCUUCGAUGAAGAGAGACCCGAGGUCCCCAUGCUGUUUCGAGAUGUCCCGUCUCUCCUUAUUAUCUUUGUGCUAACUAUGCCGCAGCCUCUGCGUAAAGAGCACUUUACCUGUGUGGUCAAGAUGCUGUACAACCUGCAGUUCACUCAGGCUUUGUCUGCGCUCUCAACCAAGUUCAGCCCAGAGGAGAGGCAGGCCUGGGUCACAUCUGGAGCACUUAAAAGGAAUGCUGUAAAUUCCGAAAAGUCUUUUGAAGCUCUGCUGAGUCACGUCAUCAGUGAGCUCUCAAAGGACAAGAGUGUUUACAAGGUGAAUGCAGAAGAGACAACAAUGCUGAGCUCCAGUGUGUGGUCCCCACAGUCCAUUGAGUUCAGCCUGCAGCAGUUCUGCCUGCCCUUCCUGCGCCUGUCCUGCCUCCUGCAGCACCACCUGUAUGGGGACAACCUGACUGGCUGUGUGGAGGAAGAGGAGUUCUCGUCCACGGCUGUGUGUUUAGGGCUGCUACCCUCAGCCCCUCAGCCUUCCCACAUCGUGCACAGUGCCUCUUGUCUGGAGUGGCCCGUCAGCGCCUUUGAGCUGGUGACACAGUGGUGUGCUGAGGUCACAGGGCUCUCUCAGAUGCAUGCUGAGCAAUCACUGACCCUGCUGGUCCAAGAUCCGCAGUGGGCGGCCCCCCGCCUUCUCCAGCUACCUGACAAUUACAACAUCAUAUUCCAGUACUAUCACAGAAAGGCCUGCACUGCCUGCAAAAAGGUGCCAAAAGACCCUGCUCUCUGCCUCGUUUGCGGCGCCUUCGUCUGUCUGAAAGGCGUUUGCUGCAAACAGCAGGGAAUGUGUGAAUGUGUUUUGCACUCCCAACAUUGUGGCGCAGCUACGGGCAUCUUUCUACUGAUAAAUGCCUCAGUCAUCAUCAUCAUCCGUGGACACCGUUUCUGUCUGUGGGGCUCCGUUUACCUCGAUGCUCACGGAGAAGAGGAUCGCGAUUUACGCCGUGGCAAGCCUCUCUUCUUAUGUGAGGAGAGGUAUCGAGUGUUGGAGCAGCAGUGGGUUUCUCACACCUUUGAUCACAUCAACAAGCGUUGGGGGCCUCACUAUAACGGACUCUAAGAUCUUCCAAAGUCCUCAAAACAAAAAGAAAUGAAGCAAAACAAAACGAAACAAAAAAAGAAAUGCAACCCAAGAUGGAGAUUUUUUUUUCUCUUCUGGUUUCCCGGCUUGUGUCUGCCUUUAUCAAAAAAAUAUCUGGGAACUCUCAAUGUGAUCAACACAAACAUCCGGUGAGGGUAUUGCUGCCACAGCUUUGGUUUAUGUGACGUUUGGUGUACAGUCAUGCCUAAAAGAUUAACACGUGUGUAUGUGUUCAAGUGAUUAAUUGUGUGGUUUUCAACAGGGAAAAUGCAGAAUUUGGCGCGAUCAGAGUGAAAAGCACAACUCCGCCCACAAAUGGAAUUGGCUUGGAGCAGGCCGGUAAAGCCUGUCUUAUUCAUUGGGUUGAAAUAAAUACGUAAACUUAUAUAUCAUGUGCUAAAUGUCCCUGCAGAGUUCCGUUUUGCACCAUUUAUGAUGACGUUAUUGCAUAUCCCUUUUUAUUUAUCAGAAUCUGCUCUGCUGUGCUGGCAUGAGUUUAAAGCUCCUGAAGAGUGUAGUGAUGUAAUUGCAAUCUACACUCACUGUCUGCUGACAGGUGGUGGUCAGCUGGGCAAGUCCACCCAUCAACACAUGAGUUUAUUUGCGAAAAAGCGAAGAAGCUCUUUUUGGGUCUAGUUGCAAUCCAUCCUCAGGAAUUUUUUUUCUUUUUCAUUUUUUUUGGUUGUUUUUUUUUCUGUUUGAAAUACAUUUUAGAUAUUUAAAUAAAUGCUGCUGCUCUUUUGUUUAAAUAAUUUUAACUUUUGUGGAGGAUUUUUUUUUAUAAGGUUGUGCUUUGAGUUUACAAUAGAUGGCUGGGAAUGUUGACUCAAACUCAUUUUUAAUGCGUAAGGAGGUUUGCGGUCGCCACAUUGCACCCACUUCAGGUUUCAUAGCGCUGUGUUUUCAUGGCUUUUUUCUUUCUUUUUUUUUGCCUCUGGUUGGUUGUGAAAAGAAAUUCAAAUGCCAACUUUAAGACAGCUGCAGGCUCCCUGAAUAGUCCAACCUUUAUUUUCUCUGCUCCACAGAUACCUUAAGUUUUCUUUCUUGCUUUUCUUUUUCUAAGGAUAUGUCACUGUGCAGACUUGGUGUUCCGCUGCACAGGCAAACUGCACACCAUGUGAGAGCAAAAACAUUACAUCAGGUUUCUCAGAGUAUUCUCUAAAGAUAGGCCACCUGCUUGUGAGAAGAAAUGCUUGUACUCAUCAUUGAUCUUUCUGUGCUGUCAAAAAAAGGUUUCUCCUUUUUAUGCUUUUAUCAAGUCAUAACCUCAGUACAGAGUAAUUUAUUAUCUAUCUCUUUGUCGUGCAUCAUCUAGUUGUGAUUUAUAGUUGCAUUCAGACAUUACAGAAUUAUCAGGCUUGAGUAUCCGUUAUACACUGUGCAUGACAUUGUUUAAGCAACCAUUAUUUAAGUGUCUUAGCUCCAUAAUUUUCUGAUUAUCAUCUUUCUUUCUGGAGGAGAGGAAGUUUCACUCAGUCGUGCCUGCAAAGAUUAAUUUUCAGAGUGAUAAAUGGCAUACAGAUGAAAUCCCCCCCCACGUGCUGUAUGGUUGGCAAUGCUGGGCUGUGUCGAGCUACGCUGUGGAGUUAUCAAAAAGCAAGUAAGCACUUGAGAAAUCUUCCUUUUUGAAGUCAUGCAUGCUGCUUCUCUCUUUACCGGGCUUCUCCUUUUUGUUUUUAUUUUCGACAUUGCCCACUUUGUAAAUGACCGCAACCAAAUAGCCAAUGAGUAAUGGGUGUAAAUUGUAACUGAAAGCUUCUGUGUGUUCUCCUGUAAGAAUGAAGAGAGAAUACAGUACAUUACUGUAGGUGCUGACUCAAACUUUCUGAGUUUGACCAGGAAGUAUGACUUGGACAUUUAAUGCAAAAUGUAAAAUAUGUGAAUAAAAUAUAAACACAUCCACUGGUCUC